AUAAAUAAAUCUUACUUGCUUAAGCAUACAAUAGUGAUGGCCGCAAAUUUUAAAUGGUUACUAAACCGCAAAGCGUUUCGCCACCCAAACAGGAUUAGCCAAACGUUAUCAUUUUUAGCGGGUCUUGUAAUAGGUAGUGGAGUAAAAGAAAUAGUUUCUUACAUUGAUUUGCCUAAAAAAUUUAAAUCCAAUUCACUUGAAGGUAAUCUCCCAGAUUUUUCAGAUAAUGAAGAGAUAUUUAGUCCCUCAACAAAACCACUUUUACGAUAUGGUUUACCUCAAUCACCAAGUACACUUGUUUAUAGUAAUCAUGUUGUACAGUAUGACUGUUCAAGAAAAAUUCCUUUGUGGGUUGCCCAACAUAUAACAAAGGAAAAGUUAGCUGGAUUAGCAGAUCGAAGUAGUUUUACUUUUAAAACUGAUGUGAAUGUACCAGAAAAGUUUCGUGCAACCAAUGAAGAUUUUUUAAACAGCGGUUACACUAGAGGUCACAUGAUUCCUGCGGCGGAUUCAAAAAGAGAUUCGUCAUCAAUGAAGGAGUCUUUUUUAUUAUCUAAUAUAGUACCUCAAAAUUUUGAAAAUAAUGUUGGUUUUUGGUAUCGUCUUGAAGCAUAUUGUAGAUCGCUAUCAAAGCGGUUUUCUGAUGUAUAUGUUAUAUCUGGUCCUCUCUUUUUAUCUGAAAAUACUUCUUCACAAAAUGAACCAAAGUUCAUCAAGUAUCAGGUUAUUGGUAAAAAUGAGGUGGCUGUCCCUACUCAUUUAUAUAAAGUAAUACUAGUUGAAAACAAUAAUAAACCACGAGCAAUUGGAGCAUUUAUCAUUCCUAAUCAACCAAUAUCCGACGAAAAAACGCUAUUAGAUUAUCAAGUUAAAUUGGAAGACUUAGAAAAACUUGCAGGUUUUAAUUUUUUUCCAAAAUUAGUUGACUUAAAUAGAGUUGGAAAUUUAUGCUUAGUAGAUGGUUGCAAAACUAUAACAAAAGCAAUGGCUGAUACAAUGAAUUUUUCAAGAACAAUAAAAAAAGUAAAAUCGAUCGAAGAACUAGACAUGAUCUGGAAAAGUAUAAAUGAAAAAAACAAAAAUGUUGAUAAAAAGUUAAUUGAUGAAUAUUGGAAAAAGAAAGAAGCUUUAAAAAAUGCAAUAAAACCAAGUUGAGACAAAUUAA